GUCAUGGCGAGCUUGCUGAAGAAGACUACCGGCCUUGUGGGAUUGGCUGUGAGCGAGACUCCGCACGAGAGGUUAAAACUGUUGUACACAAAGAUUCUUGAUGUUCUUGAGCAAAUCCCUAGAAAUGCAGCAUAUAGGAAAUACACAGAAGAGAUUACAAAUGAGAGGCUGGAUAUGGUUAAAGCGGAACCAGAUGUUAAAAAAUUAGAAGACAGGCUUCAGGGUGGCCAAAUAGAAGAGGUGAUUCGUCAGGCUGAAAAUGAACUAAGUCUGGCAAGAAAAAUGAUACAGUGGAAGCCAUGGGAGCCUUUAGUGGAUGAGCCUCCUGCCAACCAAUGGAAAUGGCCAAUAUAAUCAUCAUCAAAUGACUUGUGUGUUGAAGGGAAAAUGAUGUAAUUAAAUGUUCUGUUAUAUCAAAAAUGUUUCCAUAUUAUUGACAUCUUAGAAUCAAAAAAACUGAUAAUGCAGAACGUUUUUAGGAGACUUGUAAAAAUUGAUGAUUAUAGUAAUAGGGACUUGUGAAUCAAUUUUUGUUAAAGCAUUCCAAUUGUCCUAUAUAAUAAAACCCUAAUAUGCAAA